CCACAAGACGCACUUAAAAGUUAAUUACAAAUUCGUCACUUCCAAAAUGAUUAGUUCUGAUCAUAAUGUAAUCCUGCACGGAAAGAUAAUUGUGCCAGACUCCGAAUAGGAACCCACUCGAUGCCCUAAAGUCCGAUGGACUAGAAACCCUCUCAGGAUUUCCUGAUAACAUCUCCAAAACUCUCAAAAACAACUCUCAAGGGAUGUACAGAAUCCCAAAAUCUUUUGCUAGCUUUUCCAUCACCCGCUAUUUCAACACUAGCCUAAAUCACGACUGCCAAGAAAUCUACAGAAGAAAUAAAGCGGCAAGCGCCACAACUGGAAGUCCUACAACGCUCUUCCCAGUCAUCUUACCAGCACUACCUUUAAAUGGCACUGGACUCUUACUCGUUGUUGGAUUGCUUGUCAUAGGACUCCUGCUCAGCGUAGCAGUUACGUUUCCUUCUGCACUGCCCACAGUGGAGGGCUUGAAGAUAAAGAUGGCCUCGGGAUCUCAGAAGCUGGUGAAACUUCUUUGGCUGUCGUUCUGAUAGGACAAUCAGCAAGAACUCCCUGAAAAGGACAAG